GCCUUUUCCAUCAACACAUCGGAAAAUCAAGGAGGAAUUCUCCCAUUUACACCUUCCCUUGGACCGACCACUUGUCCUAUAUAUCAAAAUCAUACAACAAAAUCCAUCACAUUGCAAAUAGAAGAGAAAUUAGGAAAUUUCGUAAAGCAAAAAACAAAUUAUGGAUUUUGAGUUGAGAAGAGCGAGAGAGAAGCUGGAGAAAGAGCAAAAGGAUAGGAAGCAGAAAGCUAAAUUGAAAUUGGAAAGAGAGAAAAAAGCCAAACAAGAAGCCGUUCGUCAACGUGAAGCUAUUGAAGCUGUUCAACGUGCUCGCCGCCUUGAUGCUGCUCAAGCCCAAGCUAAGGCAACCCAGCAAAUUGAAGAAGAACUGUUAGCUGGACGAGGAGUUGCAUUUUCCCGUAUUUUGGAAGCUGUACCUUAUGAGGGUGCCGGAGAUAAAAUUAAGUUGCCACCAUCUUGCUUCACUGAAUUGUCUGAUCAGGGUGCCUUUGACAAGGGACCCCUACACUUCAGGGUUUCUGUAGUUCGCCAAUCUUCUCCUUCGGACUUGAAGGAUGCAGAGCAGAAUAAUCGGACAACACAUGCUGGAGUCCUGGAGUUCACUGCCGAUGACGGUGCUGUAGAGCUUCCUCCACAUAUAUGGAGUAACUUAUUUCCUGCAGAUUCUCCAAUGGCUCCUAUGGUUGAAGUGUGUUAUGUCUGGCUACCAAAAGGAACUUAUGCAAAACUUCAGCCAGUUGAACCAGGAUUUUCUGAUAUCCCUAAUCACAAAGCAGUUCUUGAAACAAGCCUUCGUCAGCAUGCCACGCUUUCAGAAGGCAAUAUACUGACUGUCAAUCAUGGUGUUCUGACAUACCAUUUACGUGUUCUUGAACUGAAACCUUCUUCGAGUGUAUCCNCUUCGAGUGUAUCUGUUUUGGAAACGGAUAUAGAAGUUGAUGUAAUGGGCGCAGAUCGGACAGCUGAGAGCACAAAUCAGUGUGUAUUGCAACCUCUCAUAUUUGGGGAGGUAGAUGCUGGAGUGGUCACAGAUGGAAGCUAUGUAUACUACAAGUUCAUACUAGACGAAGUUAAUUGGGGAUUUAUAUCUUUGGGGGAUGUUGAAGUUGAGAUAAAGGUAGAAUCAGAUACCCAAGAUGGAGAUACUGACCUCUAUGUUUCUAAACAUCCAUUACUGUUCCCCACACAGCACCAGCACGGUUGGUCAUCUCAUGACAUUGGUUCAAAAUCUUUGGUCCUUAGCUCCAGGGAUCUGGGCCUUGGACCAGGUACAUACAGUAUUGGCAUUUAUGGUUUCAAGGGCACAACCAAGUAUAAGGUGUCUGUUAACAUUCGAGACACAUAUAAGUCAAAGAGCGGACAGCAUGCUGUGUCUUCCACAUUAUCUGCUGAUGCAGAUACGGUAGGAUGCCGGAAUUGUAAGCAUUUCAUACCUUCUAGGAGUAUAGCGCUGCAUGAAGCCUACUGUAGCAGGCACAAUGUUGUCUGUCAGCAUACUGGUUGUGGGGUUGUUCUAAGGAGGGAUGAGGCCAAGAACCAUGUCCACUGUCAAGAAUGUGGGUUAGCAUUUCAGAAAGAAGAAAUUGAGAAGCACAAGAAAGUAUUUCAUGUGCCGCUGCAUUGCCCUUGUGGAAUAGUCCUUGCAAAAGAAAAGAUGGUUCAACAUCAAUCUAUGGAGUGUCCCUUGCGGCUGGUAACGUGCCGGUUUUGUGGAGACAUGGUGCAAGCAGGGAGUUCCGCAGCAGAUGCAAGGGAUCGGUUAAGAGGACUUACAGAGCACGAGAGUGUCUGUGGAUCAAGAACUGCCCCUUGUGAUUCAUGUGGGCGUUCAGUUAUGCUGAAGGAUAUGGACAUACAUCAAGUUGCAGUUCAUCAGAAAAAUUGAUCAUGAGUAUAAUCUUUUAUCUCUCCAUGGUUUGACUUUGGGUUCAAAAUGCUGCUUGAAGUGUAAAGCUCUGGCCGUUGUGUUUAUCUGUUGAUUCAUGUAUUCAGGCAGUUGUAUAUUUAAUGUUUAUUUGUGAUUCUCAACCGCGUUAAGGGUUGCAAGCCAAAGGGAGGGGGGAAAGGUGUUUUGACGAAAUGUAACUCUUUGCAGUGGCUUUUAAAUAUAUUAUCAUCACUCUAUAA